UGUGCCACGCCGACGCGUUUUCUCCACAUUCUUUUGCAAGAGGUCGCAGCAAGUGAAGCGAGCGACGGCUCCGCGCGAAGUAGACCUUGCGUCGCAAGACGAAAAACACGCGAAAUAUGGGAUUUUUCGACAAACUCGUCAGUUUUCUCGGCUUGAAGAAGAAACAGGCCAGCGUUUUGGUAGUCGGCUUGGACAACAGCGGUAAAAGCACCAUCCUAAAUCAUUUCAAGCCCGAGGACCAAAGGGCGAUGGACAUUGUGCCUACUGUAGGCUUCAACGUGGAUUCCUUCAAGCUGAAGAACUUGGCGCUCACGGCUUUUGACAUGUCCGGCCAGGGAAGGUACCGCAAUCUCUGGGAGCAUUACUACAAGGACACCGACGGAAUAAUCUUUGUUGUGGACAGUACGGACGCACUGAGAAUGGUUGUGGCUAAGGAUGAACUUGAUAUGAUGCUACAGCACAAGGAUUUUAAGGAUCGUCCUGUGCCGAUCUUGUUUUUCGCGAACAAAAUGGAUCUCAGGGAAGCUUUGUCCAGUGUGAAAGUUAGUCAGGCGCUGGGAUUGGACGUGCUGAAAACGAAGCCAUGGCAUAUUUGUGCGAGCAAUGCUCUGACUGGAGAAGGUUUGCAGGAAGGCCUAGAGUGGCUCAGCGAACAAAUACAGGCACUUCUGCAGAAAAAGAGGUAGCCGGAAGAAGGACUUGUAAUUAUUUUCUGAUCGCGAAACGUCAGAACGCAGUCUUCAAGCGCUGCUGCGAUAUCUGAAAGCGACCGGAUUGAGUGAGCGCCUGUGAUUCGGACUGAGUGACCGACUGAUAUCUCCAGUGGACUUUCUCUUCUUUUCACCCUUCCGUCCCCCUUUCCCUUUCCCCAGUGUAGGGUAGCCAACCGGGUUCAGUCCUGGUUAACCUCCCUACCUUUCUUUUAUCAUUUUCUCUCUCUCUCUCUCUCUCUCUCUCUCUUCACGAGUCUUUUGAAACUCUCUCAGUUGAAACGUGUUCAUCUCGAAUGUGAAUAUUUAUGUGUAUGUUCAUGCGCAAGUUUAUUGUUACUAAAAUAAAUCCAAAGCAACGAAUGUUUGUUCCUUGGAGGAGUAUCUAUAUAACACACAUAAUUUCGUUUCUGAUCGACUUUCGUCCGCAUAUAUAUGCAGCCGUGAUAUGAAUGCCACUUGAAUAGGCCAGACCGCGCUAUACUCCAUGCAAUUUUUUUAAUCAUUUCCGAAUU